CGAAAAUUCUGUUGGGACAAACACGAAAGUUGUUCAUCGAAAAGCAAUUCAAGAGCCAGGACUACUCUAAAACAAAAAUGGCGGUGACGGGAGACUGGACGAUGGUAAAGAACGGGGAAGAAGGCUCCGAAUCCUCCGAUGCGAACUCGAACACCAACAACGACGUCGAUGGCGAAUCUCCGGCAGCCGCGGUCCGGUUUCCCUGCAUCGAGCAACCCACGAGGGUCACGCUUCACUGCAACGGAUAUUACCUUUGGGGAUGCCGAAACGGAAAACUGAUCGCCCGCAAGAAACGCUCGGAAAAGGACGAGUGGCGGAUCGAAAACAGCCACUGCGUGGUGGGCGAGGAGGAGGAAAACAACUCCGAUGCCAGCAACGGGAAUUCCAGGAACCAACACGUGGUCAACAUUUGCAACCACAAAUUCGGUGGAAGAUUGUCGCUCGUGGAUAUAGAGGAGAAGCACAGGAAGGAAGGGGGGCCCACAAAGACCGUGGUGUGCAUUAAGGACGAGAGCGCCAAAACCGGCACCAAGAAUUCAAAGACGGAGGACAAGCAGAACAUUGGUGGCAACGAAGCGUCCAGCAACGAUCUGGGGCUAAACGAGAGCAUCGAUUCGGAGGAGGUGGUCGACUUUGGGGACGACACUGAGCCCGCCGCGCUAGAGAGACUCCCGGACGAUGAGGAAGACCCAGAGGGAGGGGAGGACGGAGAAAACAUGGACGGCGUGCUCGACCUGGGUUCGGUGGACCAAGAACACCAGCAAUGGUGCCUCGUCCGUUGCGGCGACGGGCAGGGAAGCAGCGGGCUGAUGAUCCAGUCGCUCACGACCGGUGACCGCCUCGCGAUUACCGACGACGGCAAGAUCACCCUGGUUCCUGCAUCCGCCCCCGAGGAUUCGUCGGUGCCGUCCAGUGUCUCCGGACUUGUCUGGGAAAUGGAAUGCGUUACGGGCGAGCUGUGCUUCCUGUCCAAUCCUGCUCUCGAUGUCCGGGUGCGCUGCGACAUGGCCGGCCUAUUGACCCUGUCGCCCAACUGGAAGGGCUGGGAGGUCGUCCGCAUCCUGGAAUCGAGCGGCGACGGUUACGUAAAGCUUUCGAGCUGGAUGCACAGCCAGUGGCUCUUGUGCAGCGACGCCGAGGGCAACGUAACAACGUGCUCGCAUGCCGAUUCGCUCCUCUCCGAGGGCCAGCACGGUGAAUCGGAUUUCCCUGGCGACCAGGAGCCGCAGAAGCAGCAACCCUUUCGCUGUUCGAAGUGGGCCAUUGAGAAAUACCAGGGGUCCAGCGGCCCCCCAGGUGUAAUUAUUCGAUCCAAGACUCACAACCGGCUCCUGAGCAUCCGGGACGGGGUUUUGAGAACCUUUGACAGCCUGGAGGAUAUAUCCAGGCAGGCUUCGGCCAUCCUCGAGGAGUGUGCUGCCGAAGAUUGCGAGACGGAGGACAACAGCGGUGGCGGGGACGAUGCCGCAGAGCCACAGAGCCAGAAGAUUGCCGACAUUGUGAAGCGCAGCAGCGACGAGGUGAAGGAUGCUAUGAAGCGCGGCAGCGACGAGGUGAAACGCCGGGGCAGCGAUUGGUGGAAGACCAGUGUCAAGAACGUACAAAAGAAAAUGUCCGAUACGGCAAUCCAGAGACGAAACUCGAAGAACCCGGUCGACUUUCUUAGGAGCAGCAUGACCCGUAGCGGCCGGGACGAACUCCAGGCCAUCUCCUCGUCCAUUGCGGACAUUUCCGAGGGAGAGACCAUCGUGUGGCAACUGGAGGCCGCUCAUCUGCAAACCUAUUACUUCUUGUCGUCUCCGUCCGAGGUUGAGAAGAAGAUCGAUGCUUGCGACGAGGAGGACGGCGACGAAACCCAGACCCCUGACGCUUCGAUUGGCAAACCCAGGUCCAUUGGUGCCUUUCCCAACGUUACGGAAAACCUUCGAACCUCGGACAAGAUACAGCUGGUUCGAAACGACAAGGAAAUCAAUACUAUUAAGCUCUAUCUGACGGAAAAGAACCUCUACGUGACGUGCUCCUCGAAGGGCGUUAUCUUCCUCACGGAAAACGAGGGUGACGAGGGAUCCGACUGGAUCAUGGACCAGCAAAAAGACGGUGGGAGCGUCUUCCGGUCCAAGGCCCACGGUCUCUAUUUGUCGUACAAGGAGACGGAAAACAACGGCACCAAGAGCGAUGGCGGCGACGAACAAGCUGCCCCAGCGGAAGACCUUGACAACGACGGUGAUUCCUCCAUCGUAGACACAGACAACAACAACAACAACACAAAACCAAAAUCCCCGUCCGCGAGGGGAUCGGUCAAGUUCAAGAACCACCUGCAGAAUUUGCUGCAAAAGAACAACACCGUCACCGAGCUCUGCGGUGUUUCGGCGAUGGAGCCCUCCGCCCUGUGGAAGCUCGAGCCCUGCACGCCCCGGGCGGUGAGCUCGGAAAAGCUCAAGACCUUUGCCAUCGGGACGUCCAUCGCCGUCGGAACGACCAUCGCCAUGCCCUUUGCCCUGGCGGGGGUUGCCGCGGUCAUGGGGGCCGUCGGGGCGGAGGCCGGGAUCGGCUUUGGAAUCGUGGCGGCCGGCCUGACGGGAGUGGAGGCGAUGGCCUCGGUCGGGGCCAUCGGGGCGACGGCCUACAUCUGCUUCAAGCCGGCCCAGAACUCGCUGACGGACGACCACCAGGCACAGGACGGCAGCGACGAAAAACCCUGGUCGAAGCGGCCCUUUAGCAACUGGCGGAACUGGUAGCCGCGCAUGCAUAGAAGACAAUAAUUUGAGAACCUUUUU